AUGAAACCAUCGAACAUCACUAUUCCGCUCGAUAUCAGUCAUCCAGUGCUUGCUAUUCUCGUUGAAAACCAAGGGCAUGUCAACUAUGGAGCAGCCAUGGUGGGCGAUGUGAAGGGCGUCUUAGGAAGCAUGUAUCUUGACGAUCAAGAGCUUUAUUCAUGGACAAUGACGCCGAUUGACACGCGAAACGCAAUCCCAAUCCCUUCUGACCCCAACAGCUCCCCCAUGGGUCCAAUCCUCCCCGAAGUCGGCCAGAUAUUCACGGGAGACCUAGAGGUGCCUGUCACGGACGGGCGACCUGAGGAUACAUUUGUCGUUUUGAAUGGCUUUAAAAGGGUAUGUUGA